UACAGUGAGGCCUGGCUUAGAAAUGGGAAGUGUGCACUAUUGCCUAAGGUGGAAUAAUCAUCAAAGCAAUCUCUUGGGGGUCUUCAGUCAACUGCUACGAGACGAAAGCCUUGUAGACGUGACACUGGCUUGUUCUGAAGGGCAUUCGAUACGUGCCCAUAAGGUUGUUCUCUCGGCGUGCUCAUCGUAUUUCCAGACCCUUUUCGUGGAUCAUCCUAGUCGUCAUCCAAUUGUGAUCCUCAAAGACGUUCGCUUCGCAGAAUUGCGCACACUUAUAGAAUUUAUGUACAAGGGGGAGGUAAACGUAGAGUACUGCCAACUUUCGGCGUUAUUAAAGACGGCGGAGAGCCUUAAAAUAAAAGGUCUCGCUGAAAUGACAAAUUUAGGUCCAUCUCGAGACUAUAAACAGGAUUCGCAAAAUGAACAAACUGAACCUACCGAAUUAGUUAAUAAGGAAUCUACGAACGAAGAGCCAGAGCGCGCCGAGACACCACCAAGAAUAUGCCGGACACCAGAACGACCUGCAUCGAGAGAACCACUGAGAUCGACCCCACCGACCCCCGAAGAUUGUGGAAGAAAUGAUAUGACGUUGCAUAGUACUAACAAUCUCGUUACCUGCUCAUCUGUUCCGGGAUCAACAAUAUGCAGUCGAAUAUCCUCUCCUCUCAAUUGUGAACCUGUGCCGGGCCCAUCAGGAUUACCGCCCGUUCAGCAAGUGCCUCUGGUAAGCAAUUUUAUGUUCAACGUAAUGAUGGAGCACGCAAUUUCUUAA